AUGGCCUCACAGCAGUUUAGUCCCACGCCUGCUCCCGUUCAGCCUCCCAAAGCGGCCGAGAAUCAAAAGCGUGUCACUUCUCCCUUCGUUAAACAGCAGCCACAUACUGCCAUUCCAGCUCAUCUGGCUCCGCAGCUUGCAACGCCAACACCGCAAAGAUCCGCAAGCACGCCCAUUCCGCCGCCGCAAACUCCUGUCACUGCGCCUCCCAACUUUUUGAUCACGGGCUCCGGAACCAAGUGGACGAACAAAGCUACACCUUCCACUCCUCGACCGUCUGGAAGGGAAAUCCAAAGCCCCGCUUAUGAGCCGUUGAGCCCGCCUCAGCAGCUGGCGCCACUGCCAACAUCGACACCCUCUCAACCAUCGAAGAAGUCUAGCCCGAAGCCGGUCACAAAGCCCGAGACGAAGACGCCUAGAGGUCGCGGCCGGCCUCCCCGCAGUGCAAAUAAGAUUCGGGCUGGCAGCACACCAUCCUCAGUCGUUGGCGUGCCGCGUAGGAGCCAGUCAGUCGCCUCUCAGACGGACGAGCUUUCCAUGGACCACGUUGAUUUGGCACCGAGAGUUAAGGACGAGAAUGCCACUCCCAGAGUGACGCCCAGGGCUACGCCCAAGCCGCACGACGAGACCGGAGAUACGACUGCAGACGAAAGUGUACCCAGUCGCAGAAAUUUGAUUACACCCAGCGGCGUGGCGUCCCGAUUGGCCCAUAAGCGCAAGCGACAGGACACGCCAACAGACCUACCAGCAGCGCCGCCAACCACCGUAAGCUGGACGCGUCAGUUUGGUCGUGUUAGUGCCGCCGCUCUCGAUCAAAUUUCAGCACACAGAUUUGCCAAUCAGUUCGCGAACCCAAUCCGUGAACGCGACGCCCCUGGUUACAAGGGUUUAAUCUUGCAGCCUCAAGACAUAAAAUCCAUUCGGGCAGCGAUUACCCACGGUAACCGAACAGCUACGGAAGCCGCCAAGGGUCUUCCAGACGGAGACCCGGGCACGGGCACGGUUAUCCUGCCUAUUGGCGAUGACUUGGUCCCCCCCAAGAGCAUCAUCAACAGCGCACAACUUGAGCGGGAACUUUUCCAUAUGUUCUCAAACGCCGUCAUGUACAAUCUGAACCCCAGCCGUGGGCCGGGACCGUCCUUCGUGAGGAUGGAAACCUCAGAAGGAGCAGAUGCUCUGGGAUAUGAGGUUGAUGAAGAUGCCGUGGUUCGGUCGACAAGGUCGAUGGCUGGAGAAGUCGAGAAGAUCAUAGGAGAGCUCCGUAAUGCAGAGAAGGGUCGCUCGGGACAAGAUCCGUCGACUUCUGGCAACACCAGACCGGCUAGCGUCGCCACCGGUGAAGAUACGCCGAUGGCCGAGGACAAUGAUGCGGAUGAGCUGGCUGGAGAAGCGGAUAUUACUUCAACCACGCGCAGAAGACGCGUGGGUACGAGGAAUUGA